CCGCGGGCGCCGCUGCUCUCUCUGUGUUUGUGUAUGUGGAAUGCGGGUCAAGCGGAACUCACGGGAAAAACUGCGCUUCGCAUCAAACUCAAACACCGGCUUUCAUCACUCGGACGUGCUCUGGUCCUGAUGCCGGAGCUCCACAGACAGAAGACGAUGAAGAGAAGCAGGCAUCCCAGCAGCAGCGAUGACUCAGAUAAUGGAAGUAAUUCCACCUGCUGGUCCCUGCAUUCAUCACAGCAUCGGAGAGGAACGGGGCAGAAACCCUCUGAGGUUUUUAGGACAGACUUGAUCACAGCCAUGAAGUUACACGACUCAUAUCCACUGAAUCCUGAGGAUUACUACAUCCUGGUAGAUCCAUGGAGGCAGGAGUGGGAGAAAGGUGUCCAGGUGCCUGUGAGCCCCCAGUCCAUUCCUCAGCCUCUGACCAGAGUUUUGGCAGAGAAAGGAAAGGAGGUCAUGUUCAUCAGGCCUAAGAAGUUGAUCCGGACGUCGGGCACGGAGGCGCUGGGCUACGUUGACAUCCGGACCCUGGCGGAGGGGAUGUGUCGCUACGACCUGAACGAAGAAGACGUGGCUUGGCUGCAGAUCAUCAAUGAGGAGUUUGCACAGAUGGCGAUGCCGCCGCUGGAUGAGAACACGAUGGAGAGAGUUAUGGAGGAGUUCGAACACUGCUGUCACGAAAACAUGACGCACGCCAUGGAGACAGAGGAGGGACUGGGCAUCGAGUACGACGAAGACGUGGUGUGUGAUGUUUGUCAGUCGCCAGACGGAGAGGACAACAAUGAGAUGGUGUUCUGCGAUAAGUGUAACAUCUGCGUUCAUCAGGCGUGUUACGGCAUCCAGAAAGUCCCCAAAGGCAGCUGGCUGUGUAGGAUCUGUGCGCUCGGCAUCCUCCCAAAGUGCCAGCUGUGUCCUAAAAAGGGCGGAGCCAUGAAGCCGACCAGAAGCGGAACCAAGUGGGUUCAUGUCAGCUGUGCCUUGUGGAUCCCAGAGGUGAGCAUUGGGAACCCAGAGAAGAUGGAGCCAAUCACCAACGUUUCUCACAUUCCCAGCAACAGAUGGGCUCUGAUCUGCUGCCUGUGUAAAGAGAAGACAGGAGCCUGCAUACAGUGCUCAGCAAAAAACUGCAGGACUGCCUUCCAUGUGACGUGUGGUCUCCAUGCCAGCCUGGAAAUGAACACCAUCCUAACUGAGGAGGACGAGGUGAAGUUCAAAUCCUACUGCCCCAAACACUCCGGGAUCCAAGGUACCGAGGCAAACCACCGCGACUCCGGGGACGAAGAGGAGAAGGAGGUGCCCAGAGACCAGAGAGGGAGGACGAAGAGCGAUCAGGAGGAGCUCAGCAGCCGCCAGCAGGAGAAGAGGGUCAACCUCCGCAAGCUGAAGCUGCAGGAGAUGGAGGAGGAGUUCUACCAGUUUGUGGAUGUGGAGGAGGUGGCCAAGAGCCUGAAGCUGCCGGCCGAAGCCGUCGACUUCAUCUACCAGUACUGGAAGCUGAAACGCAAAGCCAACUUCAACCAGCAGCUGCUCACACCCAAGAAGGAUGAGGAGGAGAGCCUGGCUCGCCGGGAGCAGGAGGUGCUGCUGCGACGCCUGCAGCUCUUCACCCACCUCAGACAGGACCUGGAGAGGGUCCGUAACCUGACCUACAUGGUGACCCGGAGAGAGAAGCUGAAGCGAUCGCUCUGUAAAGUCCAGGAGCAGAUUUUCCAAAACCAGGUCCGGCUGCUGGACCACGAGCUGCUCAACGGUGAUCCUUCUGCAAAGGACCUGGAGAAGCUGUUCUCUGGGGGUUCCUUAUCCUCCCUUGGUUCCUUGUCCGGCUCCUCCUGGAGUGACUCUGGUCAGAAGAGCAAACGAAGCUUGCAGAUACGGGAAAGAAGGAAAAGCUCAUCAGACUCCAUGAAUGCUCCCAAAGAGGACAGUCAGUGCAAGCCGUCGGAGAUUAAGGAAAACAAAAGCUCCCGAAGCAAAGAGCCGGCCGCCACGGAGCCUGCAGGCGAGGUCAAAGUCCAAAAGGCCGAGGUUAGCGAGGGGCCUUUCAUGAAGCUCCCAAAACCUGAGAUGAUCCAGGAACGCGCCUCCAUCAAGUUGCACAAGCUUGAGAUCAGGAAAGGCCCCAGAAGAGAGGCUCCAGAAGCAGAAGUGACGUUUAGUCACAAACCAGACCCGGAGCAAGAGGAGCGAGGGAGGAAGAGGAGGAGUGAGGAUGCAGAGAGCUUCCCCUGCCAGCUGAAGAACAAGUUCAGCUCCAAACAUCUGGAUAAAACCGUCUCCAUCAGGCUGGUGGACAUCAGAAACUCUGACUCCGACGAGUAUUUAUUCGAUGAUGGGAUGGCCAGACGUAGCAGCGGUCCUUUGGAUGUUACUCCCACUGCAAAGUUUAAAACCAGCAUGGUUUCGGAGGUCUCCAAAACUAACGGCUGGCUCAAGAAGCCCUUGAACAGCGGCUCCAGCGGCCCAAACGGAUCCGUGCCGGGACAUCUGAAAGGCUGGGGGAAGUUUCGGAUCCCAAAGAGGAACGACAAGCCUCUGAGCGCCGCUUUGAAGCAGGGGGAGGAGCUGCAGCAGAGCAACCCUCUGCUCAGACCGCUCACAAACACCCCAGACCCAGCGUACCCCAGAACGCGGCUCCGCACGGCGCCGGAGCCCGACGGCGAACUGGAGCCCUGCCUCAAACGAUGCCACUCCCACGAGUUGAGGGGCGACUCGUCCCUGGGGCGGCGCUACGCCUCUGACAUUAUCCGCCGAGGCGUGCUGGCCUCCUGAUGAAGAGCACGCCGCACUGUGGUAUUCAGAAAAGAACGACUGUCACUCUUUGUACCCUUAUUUUCUCUAGAAAUCAUGAAAUGGCUUAGAUGGAGAAUAAAAACAACCAGAGCUGAUAUUUAUUUUUUAUUUGUACCAUAAUGUAAAACUGGGAAAUAUUUGAAUUUAUUUUGAGCUAGUUAGUUUUAUUUUGUUGAGUUUUUUUUAGGUAGAAAAUUGUCAAGUUGCCACUUAAAUCGCUUGCUCCAAUAUUUACAAGCAAAAGCAUCAACUAGGACGAUGUUGUGAUUGUUGCUUGGGACCAUAAGCUUGCAAUGUAACUUGUGUUUAUUAUAGUAUUAAAGUCGGUUGCACUUCGCCGAUCAACUCAAACAUAUAAUCCUGAUCUGAUCAGCCAGUAGGACUCUUGUAGUUCUGUAUUUUCUUAUCUUUAUCUAAUCAAGCAUCAGACAGCUGAAACCAGGAAGUCCAGCGUUUCAUUGCUAUUGGUCUCACAGAGUAUGAACUGGAAAAGCCACCAAGAGGAAAUCAAAGAAAUGUUUCCACGUCAUCAGCACUUAAGUGUAAUUGAACUGCGAUCGUAUCCAUCAUGUGCCUAACUUUUAUUUGAAGCGUUUGCACUACGAGAAGAUGGCACAGGUGGGAGGCACGAGAAGAGAUAUUUUUACACUGAAAAAUAAGCGUUUUGUACCCUCGGCCGCUGCUGUACUACUGUUAUGCAAAAGAAGUGUGUGUGAGUGCGGGGAGGCAUGUCUUGAAGAGAAAUAAAAAAUACUUUGAAGACAAAUCUUUGUACGUGUGUGCAAGAGAAUCAUAAUUACAAGUUCAUUUCCAGUAGUGUGUUUAAUGUAAAAUGUUUAUCUGUGCUUUAUUUACCUACUUUAGGAUUAAUUAAAUGAUUU